AUGUCAAGUGCUAUUGAAAUCUUACCAGCUAUAAAUAGUUUAAGACAAUUAGAUUCAGUAUUUAUUUAUUCAAUUGAAGAAAAAGAUGAAAAUUUCUUAGAUAAAUAUUCAAAAAUAAUUGGAAUCUUUGAUCAACAAAUAGACUUAUUUCGAUCUAUCGAAGAAAAUACUGAUUUAGCUAUAAAACAAGUCGAAUCAUUUAAAUUUUAUGAAAAAAAUCAAAAAUCGACGCGUGAAUUAUCCAAAGAAUCUGGUUCAUUUCUUUGGUUAAGAUUAUUCAAAGAUAUUGUUUUAAAAUUACCACAUGAUGAACAAUCAAAACAAGAAAUGAUUGAAAAAUUAAACGAAAUUUAUCGUAAUAAUAAUCGUCAAUUGAAAUUAAUUGGAAAUUUUAAAAACGAAUAUAAAUCUGAAGAUGCUAUUCGAUGGUAUACAGGACAACCAUUUCUCUAUAAACAGUUGAACCGUGCUUUACGUACAGAAGAUAUUGAAUUAUUGUAUAAAUUUCGUUAUUUUAUAUCGGAUCUUUCGAAAAAUCUUUCCAAUGAAUAUGAAAUAUUAAAGGAUUCAUUUGAUUCAAAAAUAACUUUUUACCGUGGUACGAAAUUAUCAAAUGAAGAAGCAAAUAAAUUAGAAAGAAAUCUAGGAAAACUUAUUUCAACAAAUGGAUAUUUAUCUACGAGUCUUUCAAAAGACGUUGCAUUACAAUUUACUGAUAAAUCAACAGAUACAGAAACAAGUGUUAUUUUUGAAAUUGAAUGUGAUCUUGGAAAAACUAAUACAGUUACUAUGGCUUCUAUAGCUCAUUAUAGCAAACAUUCAGAUGAACAAGAAGUUUUAUUUGAUUUAGAUGCUGCAUUUGAAAUAUUAUCUGUUGAAAAAAAUUCAUCUUUGAAUGGUUUAGUAGUUAAAUUGAAAGCAACAGAUGAAGGAGCAGAACUUGCUCAAGAAUAUAUUCAGUAUCAUGAUAGAAAAUUAAAUACAACAAGUGUAGUAAUCAUGUUUGGCUAUCUGUUAGCUGAAGUUGGACAAUACGACAAAAGUGAACAAUAUUUUGAGCGUUUAUUAAAAAAUCCGAAUGGAGAAGAUAUACCAUUUAUUUAUUAUUAUAUGGGUGGAGCCAAAGUUGAUCAGGGAGACUACGACACUGCAAUGAAAUAUUAUCAACAAUCAUAUGAUAUGUUAAUAAAUGCACAACCACAGCGUGAAUUAGCAUCAUCUUAUGUACUGAGUGAUAUUGGUUGGAUUCUACAUAUCAAAGGACAAUAUAAUGAAGCUCUUGAUCAUCAUAAACGUGCUUUAAAAAUUAGAAAAACCUAUUCAAAUUAUUUGAGUGUAUCAAGUUCUUUGACAAACAUUGGGAUAAUUUAUAAGAAAAUAGGGAAGUAUAACGAUGCAUUAGAUUGUCUCAAAGAAUCACUUCAAAUCAAAGAAAAAUAUCUUCCUCAUGUACAUCAAGAAAUAGCUAAAAUAUUAAGUACUAUUGCUACUAUAUACAGUGAUAUGGAUGAACUCGAUAAUUCAUUGGAAUAUCAUCAGAAAAGUUUAGAAAUGAUCGAAAAAUGUCUUCCAUUUGAACACGAGAAUAUUGCGAUAAAUUUAAAUCAUAUUGGUACUAUUUUAACUAAGAAAGAAAAAUACGAUGAAGCUUUAGAUUAUUUUAUACGUGCUCUAAAAAUUAAAGAGAAUAUUUUUCCAAAUGGACAUUUAUCUAUUGCUUUAUCUCUAAAUAAUAUUGGAUAUAUUUAUUAUAGAAAAAAAGAUUAUACUCUUGCGCUUGAUUAUUUCGAAAAGUCAAUGAAUAUGAGAGAAAAUUUAUAUUCCGAUAUAAAUAAUCCUAUGUUAAUUAACCUUUUAACAAAUUUUGGUUUAGUUUACCUCAAAUUACAUAAAUAUGAUAGUGCGUUGACAUAUCAUGUGCGUGCUCUAAAUGUCAGUAGAAUUAUAUUACCCAGUGGACAUUUCACUAUAACUGAAUGUCUUACGAAUAUUGCGAUUGUCUAUCGAGAAAUGAAAGAUUAUGUUAAAGCAUUUGAAUAUUUCGAAAAAUCUUUAAAAAAUGAAGGCAAAAAUCCUACGAAAGGCAAUAUGCUUCGAUUAGCUUACAAUUAUGAUAAUAUGGGGGUUUGUUUGUGUUAUCAAGGUGAUGCUCAAACUGGAUUAGAAUAUCGAAUGAAAGCUAUAAGAUUACUUGGAAAAGUUUAUCCUCGUUUACAAUAUGCACGUACAGCAGAUACCAUUGGAGAUGUAUAUUUGGGUUUAGAAAGAUAUGAUUCUGCUUUGGAAUGUUUUUAUAUUAGUUUGAAUAUCAAAUUAAAAUGUUUGUCAGCCAAUGAUGUUAGAACAGCAGAAACUUUAAUGAAUAUUGGUGAUGUUUUCUUUGAAAAAGAAAAAAAUGAACGUUGGAAAAGUAAUGAACAAUAUAAGAUUAAAAGUCGAUUUUAUUAUGAAAAAGCGUUAGAGAUUUAUACGAAAAACAAACAUGUUAAUACUAUUCACACUUUAAAUCGUAUUGGUAUUAUUUAUGAAGAAAUACAUAAAUACCAUGUAGCACUUCAAUAUUAUAGAAAAGCAUUAGAAACAUUCGGGACAGAUAUACUAUCCGAUGAUUCUCUUAAAGAAAUAUGUGAAAAUAAUGUCGCUCGGAUUAAAUGGUUAAUGAACUAG